AUGGAAAAUAUACGUAAGUUUGGUCUGGGCUACUGCGACCUGCCGACAUUGUUGUGGAAUGUUUCCAUCUCUUUAAGAGUCCUUACACUCAAUAUCGACAAGCGUAAUACCAAAAUGUCUAUGAUUUGGUAUGUGUUUUUCUACUGUCCUAUUACAAACGACUGGAUAUCUGCCAUCAUAGUGUUUUCUCUUGGUCUUUCCAGUGAAAUUGGCGUUUGCAAGCUUUUCUACUUAUAUUUGUAUAAAAGCCAUGUAAGAGAUUUAGUAGCUGAAUACCUUAUAUGUGAUAGUUUAUUAACCCCGGAUAGUCGCUUUGAAGGUAAUAUUCUCAAAGCAAUGAGAUAUGUUAAGAAGAGGGCCAUGAUUUUUUGGAUUCUUAUAAUAUCUAACGGUUUCGUGUAUGUUACGAAGCCAUUAAUUCUCCCUGGACGACAUUUGCCGGAAGACGAUUUUAUUCUAUACGGUCUAAAUCCGGCACUGGAAAGCCCAAAUUUUGAAAUAAGUUAUCUUUUAUCAGUCGCUGGUGUUAUCAUUACAGUUUAUCUACCAUCCAACAUAACUGCCUUUCUAAUUAUAAUAACCGGAUACACCGAAGCUCAAAUGCUAGCAUUAAGUGACGAAAUGCUACAUAUCUGGGAUGAUGCAGAAGAGUAUUACAGAAAAUUUCAAAUUAUACAUAAAAAUUAUGAAGUAGAUAAAAUGAAGAGGACCAUUCUAAAUAAAUUCGUAAAAUAUCGUUUAAAAGAUGUUGUUAAAAUUCAUACAAUGAAUAUAAAACUUAUUAAUCGUGUAGAAUCAGUAUUUCGAGGAGCAAUAGCUAUUGAGUUUAGUAUACUCAUUGUAAGUUUAACAGCAGAACUUGUUGGAGGAUUGCAGAAUACAUAUUUACAAGUACCGUUUGCAUUAAUGCAAGUGGCCAUAGAUUGUUUCACUGGCCAAAAGGUAAUAGAUGCGUGUAUACAUUUCGAAAAUGCUGUUUACGCUUGUAAAUGGGAAAACUUUGAUAAGAGUAAUACGGCGACCGUUUUAGUGAUUCUGCAAAAUUCGCAAAAAACUAUGACUCUAUCGGCAGGAGGGAUGACCACUCUAAGCUACCCAAGUCUCAUGGCUAUUUUAAAGUCUAUUUAUUCAGCAUUUACUACUUUAAGCUCUGCCGUGAAAAAGAAU